AUGAUUUUGCAAAGACCUCUUGAUAGAGAAAAGAAAGGAGUUGUUACGUUAUUGCUAACCGCUUUUGAUGGCGGUGAUCCGCAGUUAUCUGGAACUGUUCAAAUACACGUUACUGUAUUAGACAUUAAUGAUAAUGCUCCUGUAUUUACGCAGAAGGUAUAUAAAGCCAUUUUAACUGAAAAUGCACUGAAAGGGUCUAAAUUGACCACAGUCAGUGCCACUGACGUAGAUGAUGGAUCUAAUGGUUAUGUGACGUACUACAUUGCAAGCAAAGAUGAUAUUGUGCGAAACAUGUUUAUUAUUGAUCUGUAUAGUGGCGAGGUAACUUUAAAUGGCCUCGUUGACUUUGAAAGAGCAAGUCGAUACCAGCUUGAUAUCCAGGCUAAAGAUCAAGGAGGGCUUUCUGAUUCCUGUAAGCUGAUUAUUGAUGUGUUGGACAUUAAUGAUAACAAACCAGUGAUAAGCUUACUCUCCAUGUCAAACUCUGUGUCUGAGGACUCCACACCAGGCACAGUUGUUGCUAUGAUGAAAGUAGAUGAUGCAGACUCAGGUGUGAAUGGCCAGAUUCACUGCAUCAUAAACGACAACAUUCCAUUUGCUCUUACAUCACCAUCUAGUAAUUUCAUCAGCCUGCGUAUAGAGCAGCAACUGGACAGAGAGAGAGAUGCUGAAUACAAUAUCAGUGUAACAUGCUCUGAUCAGGGGGUGCCUGUGCUCUCUAGCAGUGCCUCUCUGUUUUUACAGAUAUCAGAUGUGAAUGACAAUGCUCCUGUAUUUGAGAAAAGUCACUAUGAGGCCUGUGUGCUGGAGAAUAACAAACCUGGUCUCUCAAUAUUUACAGUUAAAGCCAGUGAUGCUGAUUGGAAUCAGAAUGCCCGUGUUUCUUAUAUUCUAGAAGACAGCACUGUUAAUGGAGUCUCUGUCUCAUCAUAUGUGUCAGUUCAUCCUGACAGCGGACUGAUUACAGCUGUGUGCUCUUUUGACUAUGAGCAGUUGAAAGAUUUCCUCUUCCGGGUAAAAGCGCAAGAUGGAGGCUCUCCUCUGCUCAGCAGUAACGUGACAGUGAAAAUUUCUAUGAAAGACCAGAAUGACAACGCUCCUCAGGUUCUGUAUCCAGUACAGACUGGUGCUUCUGUGGUGGCUGAGAUUAUGCCUCGUGCUGCAGAUGUUGGAUAUCUUUUUCAUCCUGACAGCGGACUGAUUACAGCUGUGUGCUCUUUUGACUAUGAGCAGUUGAAAGAUUUCCUCUUCCGGGUAAAAGCGCAAGAUGGAGUCUCUCCUCUGCUCAGCAGUAACGUGACAGUGAAAAUUUCUAUGAAAGACCAGAAUGACAACGCUCCUCAGGUUCUGUAUCCAGUAAAGACUGGUGCUUCUGUGGUGGCUGAGAUUGUGCCUCGUGCUGCAGAUGUUGGAUAUCUGGUCACUAAAGUGGUGGCUGUUGAUGUGGACUCUGGACAGAAUGCCUGGCUCUCCUAUAAACUACAGAAAGCUACAGACAGAGCGCUGUUUGAAGUGGGUUUACAGAAUGGAGAAAUAAGAACUGUGCGACAAGUGACUGAUAAAGAUGCUGUCAAACAAAAGCUGACUGUUGUUGUGGAGGAUAAUGGACAGCCCUCUCGCUCAGCUGUGGUCUUCAUUAACGUGGCUGUGGCUGACAGCUUUCCCGAACCCAAUCUGCCUGUUAUCCCGUACUAUCCAUCACAUUACGCAGACACAGGAGUCACUGGAACUCUGCCGCACGGUGGUGGACCCGAGUUUCACUGA